UGCUCAGCUGCUCCGGCAUCCAUAUAUGAUAUCUCUCUCUCCCUCCUCUCUCUCACUCUCUCUCUGCACUUCGCCCAUUUAAAAUUCUCGCCGCCAACCACUGCCCCACCCCCGCUCUCUCCAUCUGUCAGAGCAAUGUCUUCACCACCAGCGCCGUCCGUCACCGAAAUAAUAAUCGAGGGCCAUGUCUUUCCUCGAGCUGUCAAACCACCAGGCACGACCAACUCCUUCUUCCUUGGUGGCGCAGGGGAGAGAGGUUUGGAGAUUCAAGGCAAGUUCAUAAAGUUCACCGCCAUUGGAGUGUACCUGGAAGUGAGCGCCGUAGCUUCACUCGCCGUUAAGUGGAAGGGCAAGAGUGCGGAGGAGUUGACGGAGUCCGUUGAGUUCUUUAGGGACAUUGUAUCUGGUCCCUUUGAGAAAUUCACACAGGUGACAAUGAUCUUGCCUUUGACGGGCAAGGCAUACUCGGAGAAAGUGGUGGAAAAUUGUGUUGCAUAUUGGAAAGGAGUAGGAACCUAUACUGAUGCAGAGGCCAAAGCCAUUGAACAGUUUCUUGAGGUCUUCAAGGAUGAGACUUUCCCCCCUGGUGCUUCUAUUCUAUUCACCCAAUCACCUCUUGGGUCGCUAACGAUUGGCUUCUCGAAAGAUGGCUUGUUACCUGAGAAGGGCAAAGUGGUAAUUGAGAACAAACAAUUGUCGGAGGCGGUGUUGGAAUCGAUUGUCGGGAAGCAUGGCGUUUCCCCUGCAGCAAAGCAGAGUUUGGCGACAAGAGUGUUUGAAUUAUUCAAGGAGACAUAAGCCGCUCAAGGAAUAUCACCAUGGUUGGUGUAUCUGAAUUUUAAAUUUCCGUAGAAUUUCGAGGAAAAAAUAAAAGAAAGAAGCCUGUUGCAAAAAAAAAAAGAUCCUUGUUAUCUAUGAGAGGAAAGAAGAUAAAAUGGUAGGAUCUCACUUCCCAGCUGACUCGUCUGUUUCUUCAAUGAAUAAAUGUACCUGUAUGCUCUUUGCAUUA